CAAGACCUUCCCCCCAGUGGAGGCUAUGCUGAAGUCAAAUACCGUCGUUAUUUACCUAAGCGUGGUCCUUCUGGUGCUGUUAUCUUUGCCGGUAUCACUGCCAUCUGUACCUAUGGUUUUUACAAGGUAGCUCAAGGCAAUCUUGAAAAAAAGGAACUUGCUCGUGAAAAUCUUUGGUCUCGCAUUCAUCUAGUACCAUUGUUGACAGCCGAAGCCGAUCGUGAUCUUUAUCGUCGUACGGAAGCUGCCAAGGCUCGUGAAUCCGAUAUUAUGAAGAAUGUGGAAGGUUGGAAGGUUGGUGAAUCCGUUUACAACAAUCCCAAAUAUUACAAUGCUCCUUCUUAUGUCAUUGUACCUGAACAA